CCAUGCAAAACUUUUCUUGCAAAUUGUUGCAGGCAGCAGUCAACAACUCAACAUGGGUAACGAAAUAAAAUCAUUGAGGAUUGAUAAGAUCUACAGGAAAGUUGCAUUCUGUAAAAAACGAUGGCAAGAUCCGAAAGGGAUGGUGGUACAAGGAAUGUUGAUAUAUACGGUCCUUCUCAUGGAGUACAUGAUCAGGUCACAGUUGAUAUUGAUUCAUUGACCUCUUCCGUUGAAAGUAUGAUGUCCCAAAAUCUGAUGAUGUCUGAUAAAGCAUGCAUCUUUAAAGUGCCCUACAUUCUCCGAAGACACAGCGAAAAAGCUUAUAACCCCAACGCAUUUUCAAUUGGCCCCUGGCACCGUCACCAUCCACUGAUGAAAUCUACAGAGAAAGUUAAACUGAAGUAUCUCAAAGGCCUUCUCUGCCGAAGAUCUGCCAGCAUAACACUGAAGGAGAUCAUCAAAUACACCAGGGGGAUCGAGAAAGAGGCACGGUCGUGUUAUGCUGGACCAAUUGAUGACGUCGGUGCAGAGGAUUUUGUCAGAAUGUUGGUAAUAGAUGGUUGCUUUCUUAUUGAGCUAUUUAGGAAGGAACAAGAUAAUCAUCUUAGAGAAGAUGAUGAUCCUAUCUUCAACAUGUCUUGUAUGUUGCAGUACCUGUAUCAUGACUUGAUUUUGGUAGAAAACCAAAUACCUUGGUUGGUCCUUGAACACUUGUUCAAGAUGACCGCGGAACCUGGAAACACGACAGCCCUCGCACACCUUGCCCUUCAAUUCUUUGACAACAUUUUUUCAUUUUGUCCACCCUCCAUAGAUUUCUCUUACCAAGAAAAAAAACAUUUGCUUGACCUCUUAAGAAAUUGGUUAGUUUUGUCAUCUGGAAAAGAGGAAAAUGGUGACACAGGAUGGGAACCUAUUCCAACCGUCACAAAUCUUGUUCUAAAUAAAUAA